AACACUUCAGCCGUGAUAAUAACAUUUCCAGUGCGAAUUUAAUUCGUUUAUGACAAUUUCUCGUGAAAUAUUCUUGUAUUGUUUAGUUGUCUUAAUUCAGGAAUGAAGUAAAAACUUGUAUUAAGUAACAUAGUGCAGAAGUUUGUGUGAAUAGUGGCCCGAAAAUGAAGUUAGUUUUGGUAGCGGUGUUGGCACUUUUGGUGGUGGGGAUUAUCGGAGGUACUCCGUGCACGAGGGUGCGGAGUGUGGACAUAACGGAUGGUGUGAAGCACCCCAACUCCUCUGUGAUAUAUGAAGGGGUGGAAUAUAAAGACGGAACGUGGUACGAGCUCGAAGAGAACGGGACGACUCUGGUGUUGGGCUGUCCCUGCAUCGGACGGAUAUGCAUACACAGAUGUUGUAGAGAGGGCACAGCAUUUUUCAACGGGAGUUGUACUGAAACGAACUCGAGUGCAAUAAAUCCUUUCAGUCCACCCGUGUAUAAUGGAAAAGUGAUGUCAAGCGUCGUUGCGCACGAGCAGUUCUUCUACUUGUACUCGCGUCCCUGCGAUGACAGCUACGGGGUCGACUCAGGCGCACCUGGCGAGGAGCUUUACAUUCAAGAGAAUGGCACACUGUACGAGGUGGCUCCAGGAGGUCAGAUUUGGCACGAGCCUACGUCAUACUGCGUGGAAAUGAUGUUCAACACUGACUUCGCUGAGCCGAGGCUGGUGGCUGCUGUAUGCUUUGAUGACGUCGUCACCGAUGACAGUCCCAUCAUCUACACGGCGUAUGCUAUCGGUUUAAUCCUCUCAGUUCCAUUCCUUCUGGCAACAUUCCUGAUCUACGCUUUCAUUCCCGAACUAAGGAACCUGCACGGCAUGUGUCUGAUGGCGUACUGCGGCGGCCUGAUCGUAGCCUAUCCGUUCCUGGCUUACCUGAAGCUCCAUAUUGGAAGGGUUGGCGUUGAGAUGACAGGCUGUCUGGUUGUUGCGUUCAUCGUUUACUACGCAUUCCAAACGUCAUUCUUCUGGCUAAACGUCAUGUGCUUCGAUAUUUGGAGGACUUUCAGUGGCUAUCGGGGUGGCAGCACCAAUAAGAGAAGAGAACGAAGGAGGUUUCUGUUAUACGGCCUCUAUGCUUGGGGCGUCCCUCUCAUCCUCACUGGGAUCACAGCUGGCAUGCAGUUCGGAGAUCUUCCCGCGCAUAUCAUCAAACCUGGAUUUGGAACUAAGAGGUGUUGGUUUGUUGACUGGGUGAGUGACCUCGUGUACUUCUUCGUUCCUGUGCUAAUACUGGUGAUAUGCAACGUGGUAUUCUUCACCGUGACUGCGUACCGCAUCCGUUCCAUUAGACAGGAGACUGCCAUCUUGAAAGGCGCGGAGUCGUCGCGAAGUGACAAGCUUAAGAAAGACAAACAAAGAUACGGCCUCUACCUCAAGCUGUUUAUGGUGAUGGGAGUGAACUGGACGGUAGAACUCCUUAGUUUUGCUAUCGGGGGCUCUAACUUGUACUGGAUUAUCACCGACAUAUCGAACAUCGGACUCGGAGUAUUCGUCUUCUUAAUAUUUGUAUGGAAGAAGAAAGUACGCAACUUGGUACAAAAGAGAUUCCGCAACCUCUUUGGUCUGUCCCCGACGGAGCACGACCAGCGUACGGGCAAGUGGAACACCACCAGCACUGCGCCCACAGAAGACACGCGCAUAUCUACCGACGAUUCUGCAAUGCGACUAAAAGAUAUGCACUAAUCGCUUAGAUUCAUAAACAUGACAAGCACCAAAGAAUUCUCAUGAACACUCGGAUGCAUCACAUUCAUAAACCACUAGUCAACACAUUCAAAUUAUUAAGUUACGCUGUAGUCAACGCGAAAAUAUCUAAAUGUGUUAUAUUUUUAUUAUAAGGCUAGAUAAAUGAUUAUAUUGUUUGUGUAUUUUAGUGUUAAGUUAAACUAAGUCUAAACAAUACGUCUUAUCUACAGUGCAGAGAGCUAGAUGCUAGCUAGAUGAUAGAAAGGGGUACUGGGCUUGAGUAGAGCCAAAGAGACGCUAAAAAAAAACUCUCGUACAAAAA